AUGAUGAUGAUGAAGAUCGCCGUCGUGAUGGAGGUAUUAUUAUUAGGCGAUCGAUACGGUAUGAGAAUUACCACUCAAGGUGAUGGUGAACAGAUAGAAGCAGUAAGAAGGGUUCUCGGUGGUCUUAUACUACGGCGGAUAUGUAAUGGAGCUUCGGAAGACGUCUUUGAGGCUGCGUUCCGUUUUGAAGAUAUGACUGAUGACGACUACCAUGGUGUGAGGAUGAUGAUAACUAGGCUGCUGGAUGGCAAGGAGUAUGAUGUUGGCAGUUUGGCUCAAUGCAUUGUUGAUCAACAAAACAUUGGUACGAUUAUCAAGUCGGGUGAUGAGAAUAAAGCAAAAGAUGGCGAUAACGAUGAUGCCUUCUGUGCGGUGGCGACUAUCCUGAACCCGGCACAGUACUCGAAGGAGAUUAAGGGUAUGCAACAACUAGUAGAGCACUUAAGGCAACAGGUCGAUAAGCAUGCGGAUUCUGAUGAAGUCAAGGAAGCCUUUGGAAAGAUGGUAUCAGCUACUGGUGGAAUUAGCUGUGGCAUAAUGAUCGAUGAGAGAAUGAUCAACCUUCCCUCUGAGCUGGUCCCGGGUAUUCACAGAGUCCUCAAAGAUGACGUCGCGUGGAGCUUAUCGGAAGAGGCGCAUUGCCCAGUUGAGGAGAAGAAGUAUUAUAAGUUUACUCAUUUGUUGACUUCGGAAGAUGCCUUUGAGGCUGCGUUUCGUUUUGAAGAUAUGACUGAUGACGAUUACCAUGGUGUGAGGAUGAUGAUAACUAGGCUGCUGGAUGGCAAGGAGUAUGAUGUUGGCAGUUUGGCUCAAUGCAUUGUUGAUCAACAAAACAUUGGUACGAUUAUCAAGUCGGGUGAUGAGAAUAAAGCAAAAGAUGGCGAUAACGAUGAUGCCUUCUGUGCGGUGGCGACUAUCCUGAACCCGGCACAAUACUCGAAGGAGAUCAAGGGUAUGCAACAACUAGUAGAGCAUUUAAGGCAACAGGUCGAUAAGCAUGCGGAUUCUGAUGAAGUCAAGGAAGCCUUUGGAAAGAUGGUAUCAGCUACUGGUGGAAUUCGCUGUGGCAUAAUGAUCAAUGAGAGAAUGAUCAACCUUCCCUCUGAGCUGGUCCCGGGUAUUCACAGAGUCCUCAAAGAUGACGUCGCGUGGAGCCUGUCGGAAGAGGCGCAUUGCCCAGUUGAGGAGAAGAAGUAUUAUAAGUUUACUCAUUUGUUGUUCCUAACGUCAUAUUAUGUGGAUCCAUCGGCGGCCCCUUCGAAGGUAAUGCCGGGUGGUAAGAAAGUGAAGGCGGCUAAAAGGAAGAAGGCUCGAUUAGAGAUGGAAAAGAAGGAAAGAAGAUAUAUAUGUUUCGAGGAUGAGGUGUUCGUAGACCAUGCACAAUGGCAAGUAACGUGGCCCUUCCCUCGAGGAGACGGUAUUGACCCUGAGACUCGGAAGAUGCUGGCGCGUAAGAGAUUACUGUACUGCGUAAAGUACGACGAUUGGAAGACUAUGGUUGACCAACUGGCUUGA